CCUAGUCACAAUCCUGGAGUACAAAAUCUCCUGUUAUACAUUAUACCAGGUUCUCGCACCUUAUACCAGGUUAUGCGUCAAGUUCUCUAACACUGGCUAGAAGUGAGGAAAAUAUUGACAUUUUUCAUCGCAGGGACGAGCGCUUUAUCUGAAAGUGAGGCUACACUAUAGCGUUGUUUUUGCGUGUACAAAACGACAUUCAGCUUUAGCAGUCAUCUUUUAUUUCGUUAGAAUAUAGAAUCCCGUGGGGGUCGGACUGUCGGCCUCCUUCUAAACGUUGCGGUCCAGGACGGAUGUCAGGUAGCUGACCGUCGUCUCUCUGUCUCCGUCGCAGUCCGUCCAGUCGCAUGGCGCUGGGCGAGGUGCUGGACCUGAUGGGCGGCGCCUCGGCGCGCGCGCAGGGCCUCCAGCAGGUCAUCACCACCAUGGAGAAGCUGCGCACGUCCGAGAACCACAUCGUCUACAUCAUCACUCAGAAGCACGCAGACAGGGACGUGGAGGGAGCAGACGUCUGCAUCGGCUUCCUGAAGGUGGGCAGAAAGCGUCUGUUUAUCCUUGACUCGUCCGGCGGCCAGAACGAGGUGCUGCCCGUGAGCGUGCUCGACUUCUACGUGCACGAGUCGCUGCAGCGGCACGGCUACGGCCGGCUGCUGUUCGACGCCAUGCUGCAGAACGAAGGCGUCCAUCCGGCACACCUGGCCAUCGACCGUCCGUCCGACAAGCUGACCUCCUUCCUGGCCAAGCACUACGGCCUGCGCCAGCCCUGCCCGCAGAUCAACAAUUUCGUCGUUUACCCGGGCUUCUUCUCUGACCGCGAUGAGGAUGCCCUCUUCUACCCGAACAAAAGGCGAUCGCCGGGAAAGCACGGCGGUGAAGUGAUCUCCAUGGUCGGGUCCAAUGGCGCAUUGAAUGGCUCACCGGCGUUCAGCCGCCAUGCCCACAACGGAGCGUCGAGCCAUCUGUCGGCCAGUCCGUCAAACAGUCCUUGUCAGAGCCGCCGCGAGGUUCGCAACUUGCACGACCACCACCAGCUUUGGUAGCUGCAAGCGGAAAACAUCGUUGGUUCAUAGGGAGCAAUGCCGGGCGCGGCCCUUCAACGCGCCUGACAGGCGGAGCGUCCCACGGCACAACCGUUACGGCCCAUGAAACAACGCGCAGCUAGAUGUGAUUUGGAUUUACCAUGUGUGACAGCUUCCAGCUUUGUCGAACCCUCACGCGCGUGAGUUCAGUCGCUGUGCAGCCAGUGUGCGGGCUGGAAUUAGUGAGCACCAGCCUUGGUGAGUGGUGUCGGUGAUCCACGCUGCGCACAGCACACCGUUCCGUCCUAGUUGACCUCAUAUGUCACACAGAUUGCGGCGAUCUCCAUGGCCGGCCAUGGCAGACAACUGGAGACUGACACAGCUGUUGUGCACCUCUACUUAAUGAUAUCUGGGAAGUUGCUGAUAGUAUUCCGUGUUUAGCUAGACCAGCCGCAGGUGCGCUAAACCAGAUGUGCGCUAAACCAGAAAUUGCGAUGGUCAUGUCAUUCCAAUGUUGCCCCCCUCCCCUCCC